GGCCGUAGCGUAGGUAGCGAGGGCUGAGAUGGGGUGUGGCACAUCCAGAGGGGUCCCUGUGCUCGAGGAGGACAGCCCCGAGGCCCACAAGGACGCGCCCUCCACCCAGCCCGAGGGGGACGACGUCGACCUCAGCAGCGUCCGCACGACCACGCCCGACCAGAACUCGAAGCUCGUCGUUCCGGAGUCGCCCCCGCCCGUGGCCGCCCCCGCCCCGGCGCCGCCCGCUCCGCUGCCCAACGGCACGAGCUCCGCGUCCUCGCUCUCCAACGGGCUCUCGGAAACGCCCGACCAUUCAGCGCCCACCUCAGCCGGAACCAGGGGCGUGGCCUUCGAGGUGAGCAACACGAACGAAAAUGGCGAAUCCCUGAUCAAGAGACACCCUCCUAAGAAGUUCCAGAAGCUCGAGGAUUUGCAGCAGGGGCCAGCACUCACGCAGGAGCAGCUGGAGGAGAAGCAGGCCAUAGCUGAGCGCCGUAGACAGGAGAUCCUGACUCAGCGGGUCCAGAGUGCCAAGCAACGCAGCGCCAGGAGUGCCGGCCGCAUGCGCGCUCGCAACACUGACGCCGACGAAGUGGAGACGUUCAUGAAGACGGAGGAACUGGACUGGAUCAGCCUCGUACACACCUCCACUCUGCCGCCCGUCACCACUCGCAACCGGGCCUUCUCAUCCACCCACUUCGCCCAUGCCGCCCACGCCUACCAUGUGUCAAACACUGGAUGAUGGAAUUAUUGAAAGCGCCGCCAACGUCAACUCCGAGAACGAGCUGUGAAGGGAGCAGGAGACAAG